AUGGAGACUGAGAUCAGAAGCCGAAUCCCUCAUAUCGACCCUAUCCUAUCAGAGUAUUCGGUGGGGUACUUGACCCAUGCUGCCAGUUCGUUCUCGUCUGACUCGGAUCCCAAUGCCCCCUCUCCGCUCGAGGAGGCUGCUGCGGCCGUGAGUGCGCUAUUGCUCUCUGCAUCUGGAGAUCUCUCGGAUCAGAACGAGAAGUCCAUUCAGAACCUUGUUAAGCAGUUCACCUCGAGCCUCAGCGCUGCAAAUGCAAACGAUGGCGACCGACGGCAGCUGGCUCCCUCGGCCAAGAGGCUUGACCAGGCGGUCCAUGUGGGCUCGCAGAGGAACAUGUCUUCUACCCUCGGCCUAGCAGGUGCCGCCGUUGACCUUGAAAGUGCCAACACACGCAAGGUUGAAUCCAGGGUUGACCGCAAGAAGCUGGAGAAAGCCGAGCGUAAGUUGCGUGCCAAACAGGAUCGCAAAGAGUUCAAGAACGUCGAAUAUGAGGCUUCUAGGCUCCUCAAUGAGUCUUCUGAGGCACAGAGUUAUGAGGAGUUCUACAUGGCCGUCAACCCACUGCAGGUCGGCUCUGAUUCUACAUCGAAGAGUAAAGACAUCAAAAUUGAUAGCUUCGAUAUCUCUAUACCUGGCCUGCGUAUUCUCACAGACAGUUCGUUGACUCUAGCUUAUGGACGAAGGUAUGGUCUGGUAGGUCAGAACGGUAUCGGUAAAUCCACUUUGCUUCGAGCUCUUGCUCGUCGUGAGGUUUCGAUUCCCACGCACAUUUCGAUUCUCCACGUGGAGCAGGAAAAAAUUGGCAAGGAGCUGAACGAGCUUGAAGCUGAGCGUGCCACUAUGGCGGAUACAUCGACAGAUGCUGCAAGACUGGACACACAGCGUGAGGGUCUCGACACGACACUGAGUGACAUCCAUUCUAAGCUCGCCGAAAUGGAAUCCGACAAAGCAGAACCUAGAGCAGCUAGCAUCUUGGCUGGUCUAGGUUUCUCGACGGAGCGCCAGCAGUAUGCCACAAAGACGUUCUCUGGAGGUUGGAGGAUGAGAUUGGCCCUGGCGCGAGCUCUUUUCUGCGAACCGGACUUGUUGCUGCUCGAUGAACCUUCCAACAUGUUGGACGUCCCAUCUAUCACUUUCUUGUCGAACUACCUCCAGGACUAUCCCAGUACCGUUCUUGUCGUGUCUCACGACAGAGCCUUCUUGAACGAAGUUGCAACGGACAUUAUUCAUCAGCACUCUGAACGUCUCGACUACUACAAGGGUGGCAACUUCGACUCGUUCUAUGCUACCAAAGAGGAACGUCGAAAGACGUUGGCGCGUGAAUAUGAGAAGCAAAUGGGCGAGCGCGCACAUUUGCAAGCGUUCAUUGACAAGUUCCGAUACAAUGCCGCCAAGUCGUCUGAGGCCCAAUCCAGGAUCAAGAAGUUGGAGCGCAUGCCAAUCUUGCAAGCACCAGAAGCGGAGUACACUGUUCACUUCAAGUUCCCUGAAGUGGAGAAGAUGUCGCCUCCCAUUAUCCAGAUGAGCGGCGUCACAUUUGGCUAUAGUCCGGACAACAUAUUGCUCAGGAAUGUCGAUCUUGACGUGCAACUCGACUCUCGUAUCGGUAUCGUAGGCCCGAACGGUGCGGGUAAGACGACAGCUUUGAAGCUACUCAUUGGCGCAUUGCAGCCUACUUCCGGGUUGAUCUCACAAAAUCCUCGACUGAGGGUAGGCUUCUUUGCGCAACACCACGUCGAUGCGUUGGACCUCAACGACAGUGCCGUAGGCUUUAUGUCCAAGAACUACCACGGGCGGGCGGACGAAGACUACCGCCGUCACCUGGGCGCGUUCGGUAUCACAGGCAUGACGGGUCUGCAGAAGAUGGAGCUGCUAUCUGGAGGUCAAAAAUCGCGUGUCGCCUUUGCGUGUCUAGCAUUGACGAACCCGCACAUUCUCGUUUUGGACGAACCUUCCAAUCACUUGGAUAUUGAAGCCAUGGACGCGCUGUCAGAUGCGCUGAACAAGUUCCAGGGUGGUGUGCUCAUGGUCAGUCACGACGUCACGAUGCUGCAGAACGUAUGCACAAGCUUGUGGGUUUGCGACGACGGCACAAUUGAGCACUUUGACGGAACGGUAAAGGACUACAAGCGAAGGAUCACAGCGCAGGCCAAUGAGGCUGGUGUGGUACGAAAGCACUAA